UGGCAGACCGAGAAUGGAGUGCUCCUGCCCUCGCUGCAGUCGGCCCUGCCCUUCCUGGACCUGCACGGCACCCCCCGGCUGGAGUUCCACCAGUCCGUGUUCGACGAGCUGCGGGAGAAGCUGCUGGAGAGGGUCUCGGCCAUCGCUUUGGAAGGGAAGGUUGAGGAGAGAUACAAGAAGCUGGAAGAUCUCCUAGAGAAGAGCUUUUCUCUGGUCAAGAUGCCUUCCAUACAGCCUGUGGUAAUGUGUGUCAUGAAGCACUUGCCCAAGGUUCCUGAGAAGAAGCUGAAGUUAGUAAUGGCUGAUAAGGAUUUGUAUAAAGCAUGUGCAGUGGAGGUGAAGCGCCAGAUCUGGCAGGAUAACCAGGCUCUGUUUGGUGAUGAGGUAUCUCCACUGCUGAAGCAAUAUAUCCUGGAGAAAGAAAACACUCUCUUCAGCAACGAUAUUUCUGUCUUGCACAAUUUCUUCAGUCCGUCUCCCAAAACAAGGCGUCAGGGAGAGGUGGUUCAGAAACUGACCCAGAUGAUUGGGAAGAACGUGAAGCUCUACGAUAUGGUGUUACAGUUUCUGAGGACCUUGUUCCUUCGGACAAGGAAUGUUCAUUACUGCACGCUACGGGCAGAGCUCCUGAUGUCGCUGCAUGACCUGGAAAUCAGUGAAAUCUGCACCGUUGACCCCUGUCAUAAGUUCACCUGGUGCCUUGAUGCUUGUAUUCGGGAGAAGUUUGUGGACAACAAGAGAGCUCGGGAGUUGCAAGGGUUUCUGGAUGGGGUGAAGAAGGGACAAGAACAAGUGUUGGGGGACUUAUCAAUGAUCUUGUGUGACCCUUUUGCCAUUAACACCUUAGCCUUGAGUACCAUAAGGCACCUCCAGGACCUGGUUGGGCAGGACACCUUACCCAGGGAAAGCCCGGAUCUGCUGCUGCUCCUUAGGAUGCUGUCUUUGGGACAGGGAGCCUGGGACAUGAUUGACAGUCAGGUCUUCAAGGAACCAAAACUGGAAGCCGAGCUGAUCACGAAGUUCUUGCCUAUGCUGAUGUCCUUUGUGGUGGAUGACCACACAUUCAAUGUAGAUCAGAAGCUGCCCUCGGAGGAGAAGGGGCCAAUUCCCUACCCCAGCACCAUUCCUGAAGCUUUCACCAAAUUCCUGCAGGAGAACAGACUAGCUUGUGAGGUUGGGCUCUAUUACGUCCUUCACAUCACGAAACAGAGGAACAAGAAUGCUUUCCUUCGGCUCCUGCCAGGACUAGUUGAGACGUUCAGUGACUUGGCCUUCAGUGAUAUUUUUCUGCAUCUGCUUACUGGUAACCUCACGUUGCUGGGUGAUGAAUAUGCGCUCGAGGAGUUCUGCCCCAGCCUCUUUGAUGGCUUCUUUCUCACUGCCUGCUCAAGAAAGGAGAAUGUACACAGACAUGUGCUAAGACUGCUGCUUCAUCUGCAUCACAAAGUGGCGCCUGCCAAAUUAGAGUCUCUCCAGAAGGCUUUGGAACCCACGAAGCAGAGUGGGGAAGCUGUGAAGGAGCUUUAUAACCAACUCACUGAGAAGCUGGAGCUUCGCAAGCCUAGUCCAGCCGAAGUGACCGAGACUCCCUCCAUGGAACUGCCCUUGCCCACUGUGCCCACGCCAGCCUCGCGCUGAGCUCUGUCUGCCGUGCAAGAGGGAGACACAAGAACUAACCUAGCACUCUGCAGCGUGGAGGCACUGUACUGCCUUCAAGUGUCUGUGCCUCCAGGGUGCAAACAAAAAGAGCCACUGACGCUCUUUCAGGAACACUGCAGUUUACCCAGCUCACUGGCUCGUGCUGGUUAGAAAACUCGGUAUGCAGAGCAUUGCAAAGGUUUACUUUUCUUAAAGGUAGCUGAGUGUCUUCUUGUAGAGCCACUUAAAAUCUGUCUGUAUGUUUUUUUUUUCAAAAAGAAAAUGCUUAUUUUUAA